UUUUACGCAACGGUUCACAUAAUUAUAUAUGGGUACAGGGGUUUCCAGUGAAGCUCUCUUUGAUGCCGUGUGUGCAAAGGAUGUAAGAAAAGCAUCGGUAGCUCUCGAGAAAGGAGUAGAUGUGAACGCAGUAGCAAAAGUGAUGACACGAUAUGGUGGUGUGUAUGGUUUUCCAUCAGCGUUGCAUGUAGCAUGUGCUAAUUCAUCAAUUGACUUGGUGGAUUUGCUGCUGCAACAUCAAGUAAACAUAAGCUACCAUGAGGAAAGGGAUGGAUCAACACCUUUACAUCUUUCCUGCUCAAGCUAUUACUAUUAUGAUAAUCAUCUGCCAAUUGUCAAAUUGUUGAUAUCAUCAGGAGCUGAUGUGUCAGCAGUGAACAAGAGAGGACAGACACCAUUACAAGCUGCAGAACAACAGUUGCAAAAAGACUGGGGUGAUCCGACUAAAGAAAAUCGUUCUCAAAUUAUUUCUUAUUUGAAAGAAUUGAAUGAGAAUAGUUCUGUUGCAGCUGGAAAUUCAGCGUCAAACAUCGCAGAUAGUACAACUGCAGUUGCUGACAACGAUCAUCCAAGUUGCUGACAACGAUCAUACAGAAACCUUGAUACCAAUGAGACUUGGCUGCGAUGUUAAUGUGCCAGUCCUGAAGAGGCAGUCAGCCAAAUGGUGUCAUCCUUGGUCACCACAGUAAGAAACUGGUGCAGCAGGAGCAUUUUAUCCAAGCCAUAUUGUAUUAAAGUGGACAAUGCACAUUGGCAUUGUACUAGUGCCUCAUCAAAUGCCAUCAAAUGCAUCAAUGUAUCAAAUGUAUGCCAGUACUGUACGUACAAACUUUCACAACAUAUCAAAAUUGCACUUCCAAUCUCUUUUGUGCUUUGAGCCAUAAUAAUAAUAAUAUUGUCAGAAACAUCUUCAA